GGCCUCAGUGGAGACGGCAACACCGCCGUGACAAUGUCACCAAGCGUGCCACUUUUUGUGCAGGUUGGUGCUCGAAAGUUUGGUUUUCAUAGUGAUCACCUUUGCUUGUUAGUGUUGCCGUGUCCACAUGUAGUCCUUGAUUGUUUACGUGAGUGUUUCUCAACAGCAGUGCUUUUACUAAAGCUAUCCGGAGAUGUUGAGGAAAACCCCGGACCGAUUACGCAAGAAAUGUUCAAUGAAAUGAUUCAAACUCAGAAAGAAAUCCUGUCUAAGAUUUCAGAGAUACAAACAAAACAGGCAUCGUCCGAAGCAACGAUGCUCCAAAUGCAGAACAGACUACUGACAAUAGAAAAAAAGCUACAAAGGGUUGAUGAAACUGAGACUAGACUUGAAAAGCUCGAACACUCUGUCGGCGGUUGCGACGCCGAAAUUGAAACACUCGCCAGGCAAAUUGAUGAGUUAGAAAAUCGUUCCAGACGAAACAAUCUUAUUGUUGGAGGUAUUAAAGAAGUCAGCAAAGAAACCGAAGAAAUUUUUCUAAAAAGGGUGAAUGAUGACGUUUUUGAUAAGAUUCUAAAUAAUAAACUAAACUCUAUUGAGCGUAUACAUAGGCUUGGAAAACAGGUUUCAGGUGGAGACCGUCCGAUUAUGCUCAAGGUUUCAGACUUCCGAGAUAAACUGGCUAUUUUGAAGAACUGCUUCAAGCUCAAAGGUACCCCAAUCAGCAUCAGUGAAGAUUUCUCUAAAAGGGUUGUUGAGAUCCGCAAAAACCUGUGGGAUUCUACGGCAGAAGAGAGAGGAAGGGGUUCUAAAGUGAAAUUAGUAUUCGAUAAGCUAAGAGUGGACAAUGCCCUUUAUGCCUGGAACGAAGCUACUAAUGAGAGGUUUAAGUGCCAUGAGGGUCCCCUCGAGACUCGCAUAGAAACCACCCCGGGAGAUGAAAAUAAGUGA